AUGAAUUACAGUCCCAUUCUAACUUCCAAAUCCCGCCACCUCUUCGAUAAGCUCGGAACAAACCUUCCAAAAGGCAAGUCCCUCCACGCCCACCUCCUCAAAACAGGCGUAUUCCCUUCCUGCCCAUUUCUGUCCAACACCCUCGUCAACUUCUAUGCCAAAUGCCACCUCUUCUCUGAAGCCCAUCUCGCUUUUGUACAAAUUUCGUACAAAGACACUGUCUCAUGGAACUGCCUCAUCAAUGCCUACUCUCAAUUGAGGCUUCGCCGCUACUCUCUUUCGGCUCUCGAGCUCUUCAAACAAAUGCUUCAACACCACGCCCUCCCAAACUCCCACACUUUCGCUGGCAUUCUAUCUUGUGCUGCCAUGUUGGAGGACUCCAUGAUUGCCCACCAAGCCCAUUCUUUCGUGGUGAAAUUGGUUGACUCCUAUGAUGUUUUUGUGUAUAGUUCAUUGUUAAAUGCGUACUGUAAGUUGGGUGAUUUGUACCAUGGUCGAAAAGUGUUUGAUGAAAUGGCUGAAAAAAAUUCAGUCACUUGGGCUACCAUGAUUUCUGGGUACGCCUCGCAGAGGCUUACUAAAGAGGCUUUUAGUCUUUUUAGAAUGAUGACAGCUGGAGGAGGUGAGGGUGUGAACGAGUUUGUGUUGACUAGUCUUCUCAGUGCUUUAGUGUCCCCGGAGUUUGUGGUUACAGGUAAGCAAGUUCAUAGUUUGGCCGUCAAGACUGGAUUGUCGUCGAUUGUUUCUAUGGGGAAUGCUGUUUUAACCAUGUAUGCAAAGUGUGACAGUUUGGAUGCUGCCAUUCGGGCAUUUGAGCUCUCGAUUGCUAAAAAUUCAAUCACGUGGUCUGCCAUGAUCACAGGUUAUGCACAAAGUGGGAAGAGUGAGAAGGCAUUGACAUUGUUUAAGGAGAUGCAUCUCUGUGGAAUUAAACCUAGUGAAUACACCCUUGUUGGAGUGCUCAAUGCUUGCAGUGACAGUAAUGCAAUUUAUGAAGGAAAGCAGAAAAACGGAUUUCUUAGAUGCUGCUGGAAUGGGGAAACAGAAAUGAAGGAACGUAGAGGUGAUGAUGUGGAUUACAAUGCUUUAUAUAGAAUGUGCAUUAUGAUUAUCCAAAGACAGAAUCAGGAACUUAGAUACCUUGCAUGGAAGGAAAGUGCUAACAAUGUUAGUAUUGGAGCUUUUUGUGAACAACAUAGCCACAGUGAAUUUCUAAGGAGUAUUUGA